AAGCCAGUACUUAGCGCGGCCCCGUUCCCACCAACCUUGCCGCCCGCGGGUCGACUCCUCAUCUUCCCCCGCCUCCGGACCGCCAUUGGCUUGAUCGUCUUCCGUCAACAGCAACGUGUGAUCCUCUUUCUUGAUUCCUUCCUUCCUUGCUUCCAUUUUUAGGUGGUGGUGGUCAGUGAAUCUUCCUGAAUCCGGCAAGAAUCUGUAUCGGAAUCUUCUCGUUGAUUUCGCGUCGGAAGAAGGAAGAAGAAGCCAGAAGGAGAAGAAGAAGCACAAAAUGGUGGGGAUUGUGGUUGGGGAUGGCAUCAGUGGGGGGAAGGAGGAGGUGGAAGGAAGGAUUCCCGAGGAGGCGAGGGGGAUCUUGCAGCGGCUAGCCUCCAGCUGGUGCGACGUGGCCGACUCCAUGGCGCUCGAGGUGGUGCCCCUCAAGGGAGCCCUGACCAAUGAGGUCUACCAGGUCAACUGGCCAACCUGCGCCACGGCCGCCGGGAAACGCCCCCAUACGGUGCUGGUCCGCAUCUACGGCGAAGGAGUGGACGUGUUCUUCGACCGCGAGGAAGAGAUCCGGACGUUCGAGUGUCUGUCCAGGCACGGACAGGGGCCGCUCCUCCUUGGCCGCUUUCCCAACGGCCGCGUCGAGGAGUUCAUUCACGCCAGGACACUUUCUGCUGUUGACCUUCGUGACCCAGAAAUAUCUGGUCUCAUAGCAUCAAAGUUAAGAGAGUUCCAUGAUCUUGAUAUGCCUGGUCACAGAACUGUACUCCUCUGGGGCAGAUUGAGAUGCUGGCUUAAAGUAGCCAAGAGCUUCUACCCUGCUGAAGAAAUUGAAGAGUUUUGCUUGGACGGAUUAGAGGAGGAGAUCGUGACAUUGGAGAAUGAACUUUCUGAAGAGGAUCAGAGGAUUGGCUUUUGCCAUAAUGACCUUCAGUAUGGCAACAUUAUGAUUGAUGAAGAGACCAGAGUAGUGACUAUCAUAGACUAUGAGUAUGCAAGUUUCAACCCUGUCGCAUAUGAUCUUGCUAAUCACUUCUGCGAGAUGGCUGCUGAUUACCACAGCAAAACGCCUCACAUAUUGGACUAUAGCAAAUAUCCAGAUCAUGAGGAGCGUCAAAGAUUUGUAAAGCUAUAUCUUGGUUCUUCAGGUGAGAAACCAGGAGACACCGAGGUUGAGAAUCUGCUGAUGAAUAUUGAGAAAUAUGCUUUGGCAAGCCAUCUCCUGUGGGGUUUGUGGGGAAUAAUAUCUGAACAUGUAAACAAAAUAGACUUCGAUUAUAUGGAGUACGCAAGGCAGAGGUUCCAGCAGUACUGGCUGAAGAAGUCUGCAACCUUGUAUCCCGGCGUUGAUGGAUAGUCGGGUUGAAGAGGACUUCGACUCUGCCUACUGGAAGAGUGCUCCGAUCCUGCCAACUUAAUAAUGCUUAUGAUGUCUUGUGUGCCAUUCGCACCAAAUCUACAUCUGUAAAGAAUAAUGGAACACUGCCAUGGUAUUGUAAAUUCUUGGUUCUGCUGCUACCUUGUAUUAGUAACUCUCUGCUAUACUUCGGGACAAUGUCCGUCCAUUACUAUAUUUGCUCAUUGGGAUGCAUAAUGCACAGUAGAGGGCUGGUUCUCA